AUGAAGGACAAGUCAGACAGGGCCACAAACGAACAAGUUCUAGAUCCCAGGACACGCAUCAUUUUGUUCAAGAUGAUUGGCAGAGGCCUUGUUCAAGAAGUGAAUGGCUGCGUGAGCACAGGGAAAGAGGCAAAUGUCUACCAUGCAUCGACGCCGGAGGCUAAGCACCUUGCUCUCAAAAUAUACAAAACCUCGAUCCUUGUUUUCAAGGACAGAGAUCGUUAUGUCACAGGCGAGUUCCGCUUCAGACGAGGAUACAGUCGUCGGAACCCGCGCAAAAUGGUGCGCCUGUGGGCCGAGAAGGAGAUGCGCAAUCUCAAACGCCUUGUCACUGCUGGGAUUCCCUGUCCAGAGCCCAUAGAAGUCCGUGAAAAUGUCCUCGUCAUGACCUUUCUGGGAGACCAAGAGGGAUGGGCGUCGCCACGACUGAAAGAUGCGGAUAUCGAUAAAUCCGUCUACCCUUCGUUGUACGAGGAACUCGUCCUCAACGUUCGCAAAUUAUUCCACCAGUGCAAGCUCGUCCACGCUGACCUAUCAGAAUACAACAUCCUCUAUCACAACGGCCAUCUAUACAUCAUCGAUGUCUCGCAAAGCGUAGAGCAGGACCAUCCUUCUGCCUUCGACUUCUUGCGUAGCGAUCUCAAAAACGUCGAGGACUUCUUCUCCAAGAUGGGCGUCCAGUGCCUCGGCCUGCGGCGGUGCUUCGAAUUCGUGACCUGUGAGAAGCUC